UUAUAAGGUUGCUGUCUUAUAAACUUUUUCUAACUCUAAAAUCUAGAGAGAGAUUUGGGAUGCUAAGAAUUUGUCCAUGGAUGACCAGAAAGGCCUUGAAGCUUUGUUGAGAUGGGGUGCAGAAGUCGGGAUAUCCGAUUCUCCCCAUUCUGUCACGAGCCCCAUUUCUUGCUUGGGUCACUCUCUCUCUAUCUCUAACUUCCCUGAAGCAGGGGGAAGGGGUUUGGCAGCAGCUAGAGAACUGAGAUGUGGUGAACUCAUUCUUAGAGUUCCAAGAAAAGCUCUAAUGAACAGGGAGAGUUUGAGGAAGGAUGGUAAGUUAACGCCUGGUUUUCAAAGAUACCCUCAUCUCACCUCCACUCAGGUGUUAACUGUAUAUUUGCUGGCUGAAGUGGGGAAAGGGAGCAGUUCAUGGUGGUACCCUUAUUUGGUGCAGUUACCCCGGACUUAUGAUAUUCUGGCUACCUUCAAUCAGUUUGAAAUCCAAGCUUUGCAAGUGGCUGAUGCUAUCUCGGCUUCUAAAAAGUCAAUUUCCAAGCUCCAAUUCGAGUGGAAAGAAACCCAAGGCCUUAUGAAAGAGAUCAAUUUGAAGCCCCAACUCUUGAGCUUUCAAUCAUGGCUAUGGGCUUCUGCAACUAUAUCCUCUCGUACAUUGCAUAUACCUUGGGAUGAUGCUGGGUGCUUAUGCCCUGUUGGAGACCUUUUCAAUUAUGAUGCACCUGAGAUGGAUGCAUGUAUCUCUGGUGAACUGGAAACGAAGUCUAUGGAUCAAAACUCUUUGCGGAGUGAUAUAAACAUUGGAGAGGACUCCGAUGCUGAAGAAUGUUGUGAGAACUUUCAAAGGCUAGUCGAUGGUGGGUUCGAGGAAGAUGUGGGUGCUUACUGCUUUUAUGCAAGAAAAAGAUACAAAAGAGGAGAACAGGUCUUCUUGUGUUAUGGCACAUACACCAACCUAGAGCUUCUGGAGCACUAUGGCUUCCUUUUAAGCAGAAACCCAGGUGACAAAAUCCCUAUUCUUGUGGGAGAAGACACAGUUCAGAUAAAUGACUCUCUUCACAUUCAGCAGGAUGGGAGACCGUCAUUCUCAACUCUUUGUGCCCUGCGCUUGCUCUUCACUCCCCAAAAGCUUCGAAAGGCAGCAGGACGGCUUGCUUACUCAGGAAUUCAACUUUCUAGAGAGAACGAGACAUCAGCUAUGAGUUGGGUUGUGAAGAAAUGUCAUGGUCUCUUGCAGGAGCUCCCAACCACACUAGAAGAAGAUGGUCUAUUACUGAAAUACAUUGAAAAUAUGCUGAAAUAUUUCAAAGAAGAGGACAAGAAACCUUCGAAUGGAAGUUUUCUCAAAUGGGCGACUGAAGAAAAGCAAGGAUUGGGUUGGGUAAGCGAGAUGAUGGAGUUUCUUGAGAUGUAUGGCUUGAAGGAUUGUUUUAUAUCAGGAGAGAGAAAGUUGUCAAGGAGGUUAGAGAGAUCACUAAGAAGGUGGAGGAUGGCAGUUCAAUGGAGGUUGAUGUAUAAGAAAACUCUUUGUGAUUGUGUUAUCUAUUGUACUGGCAUGAUUCAACAACUUUCUUCUCAGUCUCUUGAAUCAAGAGGAGCUCCUCUAUUACAGGAUGUAAAGAAGUAAGGCGUUUUUGUUUCUGGGUAUGGGGGAAAUAAAUCGACAUAUCAG